AGACGCCAUGGGAAUCUCUGAACUAUGGCAGUUGAAAACAAGAAUGUCGAUAAUGAUUUUACAACGAUUCAUAACAGAGACAGUCUUGCGAAUGACUCGUUUCAGGAUAGUCUUCAGUCAAGAAUAUUUAAGAUAAUUGUUAUUGGCGACUCAAAUGUUGGAAAAACCUGUCUAAGCUAUAGGUUCUGUGGCGGUAAAUUUCUCAAAAACCCUGAAGCAACUAUCGGAGUUGACUUCAGAGAGAGGACCCUUCAACUCGAUGGAGAAAAUAUCAAGUUGCAGAUCUGGGACACAGCAGGACAGGAGCGGUUCCGGAAGAGUAUGGUGGAGCAUUACUACCGCAAUGUCCAUGCCGUCAUCUUUGUCUAUGAUGUGACCAAUCUAGCUUCCUUCGAGAGUUUGCCAGAGUGGAUUGAGGAAUGCAGCCACCACUCGGUCCCUCCUAUGGUGCCCCGAAUCUUGGUGGGGAACAAAUGUGACUUAGGAAGAGGAGAGGUUCCCACCUCGCUGGCCCAGCGUCUAGCUGACAGCUACAAUUUCCCCCUCUUCGAGACAUCUGCAAAGGACCCUGCAGAGAAGGAGCAUGUGGACGCCAUUUUCCUCACCUUGGCUUACAAGCUAAAGAAUCACAAGCCCCUAAGACUGAAACAGCCAAGCGGAAGUGUUGUAAUGCAGCCAACUAGUGAUCAAGAGGAAAAGCUCUGUUUCUGCUGAGUUAAUGUGGCCUUGUUUGGUAGAAUAAAAAUAAUGAAAUACCUGUGAGGAUGGAUAACAUGCCACUUGUUUUGAAUGUUCAGCUGUUUCAGUGACACAAGAGAUGAAGGAGGGAAAGCAGGGUGCACUUUCUUGUUUGCUUUCUGGUUUGAACUAUGUGCAAUUAGCUAAGGUGUUCAUCAGAAAGCCUGCACAUGUCCUAUGUUUUCAAUACUCUCUGAGGCCAGCUAAAGAGUGUACAAAUAUUUGAAUUAUUCUGAAAUAAAAUACAGACUUUCUUUUAGGAGUUACAAAAGGGAAACAUUGAUCAUGUUUUGAUCACUCUCUAGAACACAGGUCUUCAAAUCUGGACCUUGAAUUCACAAUAAAUCCACAUGACACUACGUGGCCAGUUACUUAGAACCGGUCAGCUAACUACCAGUGAUUACAAAAUGCAGCACCAAAAACUGAAUUCAAGGUCUGGAUUUGAAGGCCUCUCCUCUGUAAAGUAGUUAUCCGUUAAUAGCCAUCACUACAGACUUGUAUUCAUACAGAACAGAAAAAUGCUUAAUAGGAAUAUAAUGGGGAAGUGCCAUACCUAUACCUCUUACGGCAUCAUUUCAAAAGAACCUCUGACAACCUAUAUGAAUUAGAAGCUGUUAAGAUCAGCCUUAACUUGGACCAGUUUGUCUUUUUACACAGGCACAGUACUGUAUUUAGCCUUAAAUUCUAUGGACCAUAAUUGGAACUGUGACAUAUAAGUAUCAAUAGCUGAGGCAUGUUUGGAUGCUCCCAUUGAUCAAUGUAAAUGGUAUCUUACAUUUUUUACCAUAUAUCAAACACAAUGUGUGUUGAAAAUGGAAGGAUAUUCAUUGAAGGCACUUUAUUACCAGCAUGGCAACUGAAUAUUAUGUAACUCUGUCAAGUCUUACUUUUUUCACUGUUAAGCCUGUGUUGGAGGCAUUCAUAGUAGGUUAACCAGCAACAACAAAACGUUCAAAAUAAAGUUCAUUUGAAUGUAGGCCAUAGUGGUGUAAGGCUAUACGAAGAAGGCAAUAGUGUCUUAAAAAUGCAUUUUGUCUGUCAUUCUUUAGGAGCUCCUUGAUGAUUCAGUAUUACAGUGUAUAUUUUGUGUGGAAAAAUGUGUCAUAAAUGUGUAUGUAAUUGAAAUAAAGACAGUAAUAACUCA